AACCGUCUCGAUUCUCUCAUCACUUUUUGUCAAACCGGUCCAGGAUGAAGGCCUGUUUGAUGCUACUGAGAAGGAUUGUUCCGAAAAGCGGUAUUACACCAUUCUGCUCAAUAGUCAAUCAGCAGCGUCUGCAAUCUACUAGUGUGAUCACCGACGCUAAUAUUGAUGCCUCACCUGUGUCAAAGCACUUUCUGAAUGUUGGUUUUCAUCAAGAUCUGCCUAAGGCAUGCUAUGGUGGUCGCCAUACGGUGGCCAUGCUCACCGGGGACGGAGUCGGUCCAGAGAUGAUGGACUACGUGAAAGAGGUGUAUCAGCUUAUUGGCGCUCCGGUGGAUUUUGAGGAGAUUCAUGUGAACAUUAACUGUGCGGAAACCACUUUUCGUGAUGCGCUUCUGGCCAUGGAGCGUAACGGAGUCGGAAUCAAGGGAAACUUUGCCACUGAACCUGGCCAAUCGUCACGGAAUUUGGCUUUACGCACACAACUCAAUCUGUAUGCGUUCGUUCAGCGCUGUCGUAAUUUCCCCGGUAUCGAUACACGACACCAAAACGUGGACAUUGUGAUUAUUCGCGAGAACACGGAAGGAGAGUACAGUCGGCUUGAACAUGAAAACGUACCUGGAGUGGUGGAGUCACUGAAAGUAAUCACAGCGGAGAAGUCCAGACGGAUCGCUCACUUCGCUUUCAACUAUGCCAUCCGACACAACCGGAAGAAGGUAACCGCCGUGCACAAGGCAAACAUCAUGAAACUUGGCGAUGGACUGUUCCUGGACACAUGUAGUGAUGUUGCAAAAGCAUACCCUCAAAUCGAAUUCAACGCAAUGAUCAUUGACAACACGUGCAUGCAGCUAGUGAGCAGACCCCAGCAAUUCGAUGUCAUCGUUCUGCCCAACUUAUACGGGAAUAUUGUUGGCAACAUUGCGGCCGGUUUGGUUGGUGGUGCAGGCUUGGCAAGCGGUGUAAAUCUGGGAGAACGAAAUGCCCUGUUCGAGAUGGGCACUCGAAACUCCGGACGUUCCUUGGUGGGAAAAAAUCUGGCGAAUCCGUGUGCGAUGUUGCUAACCGCGGCACAUUUGUUAGAAUACCUGAAUCACAUGGACGAAGCGAGACAAAUUUGGGAUGCCAUCUUUCACGUGGUUGGGGUGCAAAAGAUUCGCACUCGUGAUUUGGGUGGACAGCACAAGACACGCGACGUUGUGAGGGCCAUCACAGAACGCAUCCGACAGAACCAAAUGUCCACACACAGGAUCGCAUCACAUUGUGUGCGCCGCGAUCACAUGGACGAAGCGAGACAAAUUUGGGAUGCCAUCUUUCACGUGGUUGGGGUGCAAAAGAUUCGCACUCGUGAUUUGGGUGGACAGCACAAGACACGCGACGUUGUGAGGGCCAUCACAGAACGCAUCCGACAGAACCAAAUGUAGCGACACAUACACAGCACAUCCUACUAGUUUUUCACUUAACUCUCAGGUCCACACACAGGAUCGCAUCACAUUGUGUGCGCCGCGGUAGUCUGUUGUUGUGACCUUGAUACUUCCCAAUGUUACCUUGAUCUCUAUACUUCAAACGCAGUUUGAAAACCAUAAAAUUGCAG